AUGCCCGCCAUGCCAGUGCCGCGUCGUGUCAGCGAAGUCCGUUCUCCUGCGCCAGGCUCGCUCGAUGCAUUCCAGCCUGCCUACUCCCGCAAUAUCGACCGACUGGAACGCAGCGCCGAGGAGUUGUCCCAGGGGGGCAGCGACAUUGGCGAGGAAAUCCGCAAGAUGAGUCGCCAGAACUCCAUCCAGAGCAGCCACAAGGGCGACAUCAGCGUGGUCGUGCCUCCUCCGCCGCGGAGAAUGGGCAGUGGAAGGAGUCGCACCAGUUCGUACGCCAACAAUACUUCCAUCGUCGACGUCAACAGCAACGCUCGCUGGGGUGGAUACUCGCCUGGGGGUUUCAUCACAUCGCCUACGGGAUCGGUACGUUCGGGGAGUUCGUGGACACAGGCGUCGAUGAACAGAGCCGCUUCUGGGACGCAAUCGUCGAGACUGGCACAGAUGGUGGAACCACUCCAGGAAGGCAGGCCUUUGGACUCGCCACUUGCGCCUAGCAGUGCGUCGAUAUACUCGCAAGAGCAGCACAUGUCGAGACAGGCGUCGCAGUCGUCGUUUUCGAGACGGUACGACCAGAUCGCCGGUCAGAUUGAGGAGAGUUUACAAGCCAUUCCACACACGCCGUCUCCUGAUCACUACGAAGAGCAAAGGCAUGAUGCGUUGGAAGUGCACGAUACACCCGAUCGGCCUCAUUCCACAGACACCUUCCAGGAGGCUCAGAUUGCCUUCAAAGAUUUCGACGGCGUCCAUUUCGACCCGGACAGCGAAGAGUUUGUCGAGUUGGAUGAUCACGGAAAUGAGUUGAGGCGAGUCUCUGCUCGUACCUCGUCGGGUAGCCUGAUGAAUGCUGCGUCUAUUCUCAAGACACCGCGUGCUCGACCAGAUUCGUACACCAUACCUCCUCCGAGAGACAGCAUGGUGUACUAUCCCGCUCCCGUCCCACGGAUGCUCAAUUUACCCAAACGAUUAUCACAACUGCCUGCCGCACACGUGCAAGCCAAGAGAAGGUCCGAAAUGCUGAAUGAGCUACCUGCCGCAGCCAGGCAGUCUGCACCAUGGAUACCCCCAAUUUUCGGCGAGGAUGGAACAAGCGGCCAACCUGAAGUCAGGAGUCAACGAUCUGGCUCAGGGUCCGCUCCGCAACAAGAUCACCCUCGCGGCAUGUUGAACGAACGCAUGAGCAUGGCCAAUGCUCAGAACAUGCCGCCGCAACUGCGGGCGAGUGUGUUCUUUGAACAUCAACCUAUCGGCCAAGACGUAGAGGUGAAGUCUGAGUCCGCAGUGGCAACACUCGAUAGCAUCCUGCAAGCAUCAACUACUGCCCCCGUCAGCGCAUUCACAAACCAUCCCUACGCCGGAGAUGUCCGCAAGACCGUAUACGCACCUGAGAGGCCACAUCAAAGAAAGAGCACGGCUACUACGCUCAACUCCGUGGAGAAAGAGAAGAAACUCAAGAAGAGGCGGAGCAGCAGCAUUGGCAAUUUCUUCAGAAGAAACAGCACGGAUCUGGAUGGCGAGAUGAAGGAAGAGCCGAAGUCCAGGCCUGUCAGCCGUGGCAGCAUGCUUGAUUUCAACGAAGGUGGUAACAAGCUCAGGAAGAGAAAGAGCCAGAUGAGUUUGGGGGCCAACAGCCUUGGUGAUGAAUUGGAGAGAGCCGAGAACAAGUCGGUCGGAAUGCCAGAGGAUGACACCACGCCAGAUCGGAGGCGCCAGACGAUGAUGUCUGGAGGCCUGAUCGACCAGGUUGUCAAUAGCAGCCCGAAGGAGGAACGUGUGGCCAGCGGAUCUCGACCUGCAUCAAUAAUGACCAGUAAAGUCUUGACAGAGGCCCAGCAAAUUGAGGAGGAUUUCAAAGAACGUGAGGGCGAAGAGGAUAUCGAGUCGGAGGAAGAAGACCCGAUCUAUGCCCAGCCAACCACGCUGCUGGCAGAACUUCAGGUCCGCAAAGCUCAACUCAAGUCACGUAAUCGCACUGCGGCUACGGCUUACCCAGACGGCAUGCACAGCACUCUUCUGCAGCUUGAUGCUGUCGAGCAGAUUAAUGCGAAGAAGCGACAGAAGCAACGUGUUGCUCUUGCCUGGGAAGAUCCAACCCUGCGUGCAGAGGAAGAAGCGCGCAAGGACGAGAUGGAUGAGGAUGUACCACUCGGUGUACUGUUCCCAGGCAAGGAUGGCUUGAUCAAUCGCAAACUUGGAGAUGGUCGAGACUGGAGCCGGCCUCUGGGACUUAUGGAGAGACGCGAGCUGGAAGACAACGAACCUCUCGCAAACCGCAGGACAAGACUGAAUCCUAGUGCAGUUCCGCUCAAGAAAGCUGUCAAUACUAUGUCGCAGAUGCACCUCGCUGGCCAGCCUGAUGCCGAUGAGAUGGCUAAAGAAGAAGAGGACGCAGGGGAGACUUUGGGUCAGCGGCUCAGGAGACUCAAGACCAAGGAUGCCCUGGAUUCUGCCAUCUCCAACGUGGCACCAAAGGACGGCGAGCGACCGGAAAGCACGUUCACGGCUGAUGUGCUUGAUCAGUUCCCCGAGCUCAACAUCAAAGACGGCGAAGCCAAAGAGCAAGACAAGGACAAGCGUGCAUCAUUGGGAUCCAAGAAGGGGCUAGCCGUUGAUGAAGAAGAGACGCUCGGACAACGACGCGCCAGGCUUCAGCGGGAACGUGAGGCUUCUGGUGAGCAGGCUCCUGCUCGUCCACCGCUUCGACAGUCCCAGAGCAUGGCCAACCUCCUCUCUGCGAACCCGAUCGGACAACGGGCGAUGAGCAAGAACCAGGAAGCUGCUCAAGGUACUUUGCUUCAUACUGCCAACCAGCAGCAGAUGAAAGCUCGCCAGGAUCUACUCAAUCAGAAUGUGCGCUCUGCCAGCUACGGCCUGGAAAAGCCACUGGUCGAUGCUCGUCCCAACACCAGCGUUAACGUAUCUGGCGGCCUCAUCGGCGGAGAGCGCAGCAGACCAGCAAAUGGUGCCUUCGCUGGUGGCACUUACAACACCAGCGGCUACGGCAUGACCCCAAUGGACAAUUCGGCCAUGAUGGACCCUCUAAACAACCGCCACAACAUCACAUCCGGCCUCGUCGGCGCCCAACGCAGCCGUCCCGCCAACGGAGCCUUCGUCAGCGGCGCCUACACCGGCCUCCCCACCUCCACCAGCAUGCCCAUGUUCCCCGGCGCCGCCGCCGCACCCCAAAACCCCUACUUCGCCUCCCCCACCGCCGGCAUGUACGGCCAGAUGCAAAUGCAGCCCCCGCAACAGAUGCACGCCCCGGCGUACUACGCGCUCACGGGCGCCGCGGGCCCGCAGAUGUCUCCCGCGGCGUAUAAUCCCCUGAUGGGGCCCAUGGGCGCCGUGGGGAAUACGUAUGGGUAUGGGGCGCAGCAGCAGAUGAAUGUGAGUAUGGGGUUGGAUGGGGCGAAUUUGGAUUCGGGGCAGAGGGCGGCUAUUGAUCGGUGGAGGAUGGGGAUUGCUUGA